UCCUCCGGCUCCGGGCGGCGGCGGGAGCGGCGGCGGCGGCGGGUUGAUUUCUUUUUUACUAUAAACCAGUGAAGAUGACACCAAAACAUGAAAAACAGGAAUUUGUAACUGUCUUAGUACGAGACCCCAGGAUACAGAAAGAAGACUCAUGGCAUUCUUACAUAGACUAUGAGAUAUUUAUUCACACAAACAGUAUAUGCUUUACAAGGAAAACAUCCUGUGUCAGACGACGCUAUCGAGAAUUUCUUUGGCUCCGGCAGAGGCUUCAGAGCAAUGCAGUGCUUAUACAGCUACCUGAACUGCCAUCCAGAACUCCCUUUUUCAAUAUGAACAAUCCUAAUCACGUGGACCAUCGCCGUCAGGGUCUGCAAGAAUUCCUGGAAAAGAUCCUACAAGAUGCAUUAUUGCUCUCAGAUAGCAGGCUUCACCUCUUCUUACAGACUCAGCUAAGCCCAGAAGACAUGGAGGCCUGUGUGUCUGGGCAGACCAAAUACUCUGUUGCUGAUGCGAUUCACAGUUUCGCCUCUCUGAACAGACGUUUUCCUAUAGAAGAUGAAGAGAGAAAAAAAGGAAAAAACGAUGCAGACUCUGAUUCAGAGAGUUCAUCCUCCGGGCUCGGACCUAGUGAUGACAGCAUUUCAUGUGGAUGUAAAGCAAGCCCAGCUUCUGAAGAAUCAUGAAAAAUCAUUCCUAUAUUGCUACCUUAAGGACAGUACAGGGCAGUUUCUGCUUUGUUUACUGGUUAUGUGUACCACAAACAGGGCUGUAUGUGUACCUAAAAGACCCAUUGUUAAUGCAACCACAUGUCCUUAAAAAAUACACAAAACAGACCUCGACACUAUCUUCUUGGUGAUUUUUUUUUUUUUUUAAUGUAUCUUGGUGCAGGUCUACAUGUUACCUAUUUAUGUUUUUGUGACUGUUAAAAUCUCAGUAUUGGGUAAGUCGUGCUCUUCUGACCUACGUGGCAGUUAAAAUAAUUCCCUCAGUGAGUGCAUGUCUCAGAUUUGAAAAAUAAAGAUAACUUAAUUCCUCAUCUUAAAAGUUGGUAUCUCAUAUCAAACAUAUUCAAAGCAUCUUUUAGUGAUUUGCAUCAGAGAAGUUUCAUCUUUAGAAGUCAUUUGACAUUGGUGAUGAAAUUACACACCCCACCAAGGUACUCACUUUUUAAAGUAGCUCAGCAACAUCAGCAAAACAACAUUCAUACAAACUAAAUGCUGCUGACAAUUUGAGAUAUAAAUACAUCUUCCUCUGGUCCUUCUGUAAUGUUUAUGGAAAGACUGGUUUUAUCAUGCGUAAGUACUGAAGGCAAAAAUUCUUCAGCAUGGUUGCUUAGAAGUUUAGAAAUAUAAAUAAAAAUUACAUCAUUUCUAGGCUUGCUGGAGAUUCUCAGCUCCCAGGGAAUUGUGGAUACUCGUUCCCAGUGAAAAUCCUGGAUGAGGUCCAUCGAAACCAAUGGCUGAAUUUUGCACUGACCUCACUACCCUAGGGCCAGGAUUUCACCCAGCAUGUUUAAUUAACUUUAGGCAUCAAUAUUUGAAGGUGCUGGUAGAGGUGUUUUAGUUCAGCAGCUGAAAUGGGGAGUAUCUCCCUCUGUGAGAUGAUGAUAAUCACAUAGCUCUAACACGCUGUGUGGAUGUGGCCCUCUCCACUCUCCCUGAGUAACAGGAGCUGCUCAUUUCAUUGUGGCUCUAGUUACCACGUUGGAAUAUUGACUUUUUCACAAACAAAAGGCAGGCUUGAACACAACUUCUUAACCACCAACACUUAUUUUGAUUAAACGUCAGUUUUGCUCUUUAUUGUUCACAGCAGCUGCGCAGUGUCUUGUCUCAGAUUCUGUCAAAGGAAUAUGUUUCACUGUGGUGUUGUAUUUAUAUUUGACAUUUAACUGCUAUUAAAAAGAGCUAGGGGGUCUGAUCACCCUAGCAAAGCUCCCAUUAACUUCAGUGCAGUAGUUACCGGUCUAGAAAUGGAUAUAAAUACAUGCCUUUUUUUUUUUCCUUUCAUUUUUAAAGAAAUCUAUGGUUACUUUCAAAGAAGGAGCUUUUUAAACCUGUGAAUUACAGAAACAAUAGAUUAUUGAACAGACAUCUAGUAAGGGGUAGCAUAAACAUGUGUGGGCAUGCUUUUUUAAAGCAUCCAGCUGGGAAUCUGUGUAAUUUUAGAAACAGGUUUUAAUAGCCUGAGAAUAACGUAUCUUAGGUAACUACUUUAAGCCUCUGUAUUUUGUUGAUAGUAGUAGCACUUUGUAAGGUAAGUAUCCCCGUUUCUUUUUGCUCUCACUGAAUUGCACAAAUGUAUCUAUUCACCAUCUCACCUUGUAAGUUAGCAGAAAGGCUAUUUUUAAUGUAAAAGUGAUAACAUUUAAAUAAAGCAACAAGUUAUCACUAAAAAUAGCUUAAAAAUAGCUGUUACUGCCAGUCAGAGAUUUUGAUUGCUUGAUUUUUUUUCUCUAAUUUUUUUAAGAUGGCACAUUGCAAAAAAAAUUGUUCAGCAAAUUUUUUUAAAAAGUGGGAAGGAUUUAAAAACAAAAACUGGAAUAAUGUUAAGAAGGAUAUGACCAUUUUUAUUUAAGACAAUGUGGGUUUUUCUUUUGUUUCAAAAGAUUGAGCUAAACUCUUGAAGCACUUUAGAAUUCUGGCUUACUAACAUAUCCUCAGUACCUACAAAAAUAACAGAAACACAAGGUUUGGAGAGCCUUUGUGGCUGAUUUUAUUUUUUAAUUCGAGGAGCUUUUCAGUAUGCCAGUGAGUGUUUUCCAAAUGAAGAUAUUUCUGAAAUAAAUAUUUGUUUUCUAAUAGCUCUGUUGUUAUUCUCUUAUUUUCUUCAUCAUUCAGAUUUUAAAAAUCUAAGGCUACUGUAACUUUCUUCUCAGCUUUGACAGAAAUUUGUUAAAAUAUUUAUCUUUUGAAUGUUGUUUGUGUAGCUAGUGUUGCUGGAAUUUUUCUUAGUAAUGGGGGAGGGAAAGUACUCCAUGCUCUCUAGUAUGUUUCCAUGUUAUCAGCUGUAUAUAAUCACAUAUAAAGACUUAAAGGCAUUUUGUUUCAUUGGAACAUUAAAUGUAACUAUUACAAAUGUAAAUGUUAAAC